CAAAUUUUGGUCGUUUUAUUGGAUCAGAUACAUAUGCAGCUGAUCCAAUAAAACGACCAAAAUUUGAACAUAAAUCAUUAAAUGCAUCUGGAGAAGAACUUUAUUUAAAACCAGGAAAAGGUUUUCAAACAACAAGUCUUUCAUGUACAAAUAAAAUUAAUCGAUGGAUUUAUCAAGGUAUUGAAGGAACACUUUUAAAUCAAUUAAUAUUAUCACCAAUUAAAUUAUCUGGUUUAAUUAUUCAAACAAAUACUGAUUUAUCUUCUAUAUUUAAAGACAUAUCUGUUAUAUCUGUGAAAGAAUCUUUUGAUUAUGGUCCAUCAUCUCAACGAAUUCGUCCUUGUGCAAUGUCAAUAGCUUGGUGGACAGGUCUAGAUCCAUCUUCUUCUGUGAUUACAGUUGAUGGAUAUCCUUUAGGACAAGUUAAAAAAUUAAGACAUAAACAACAAUAUGCAAAUUCAAUAGGUAAAUGUUCUCUAUUUAAACUUUAUCUUCAACUAAUGGAUAAUCUAUCAUCAAAAACAACAACAUAUGCACAAGCCAAAGCUCUAUCCUCAAAUUCAUUAAGAAAUCAAUUUAUGUUAGAUAAUCCACAAUGGAUAAUAACUGAUCCAAAUAUAUUUUAUUCAUUCACUCUAUCUUCUUGA